AAAAAAACGAACAGAGAUUAAUAUCGAAAUGAUAUCUUACGUCAAUCAUACAAAUUAUGAUACAAGCGCUACUAAUUUCACUCUUGUCCGAAUUUUUCAUUCAGAUAACUGAAUAACACAAACGAAUUACGAUGAGCGACAACAAGAAGCCGGCACUGCUGUACCUGACCCCGGGAGACGCUAUUGUCUUCGAGGGUCCCUUCAACCGUGUGGUGAGGAAGACCGUUGUUAUCGAGAAUCCCAGGAAGAUCCAGAGCGUGUCAUUUAAGCUAAGAGCCACUACGCCUGAAAUGUUCUUCUUGCAUCCCAAUACCGGGCUUCUAGCGCCCGGCGAGAAGGUCACCGUGGAAGUUUUUCUGAAGCCCAUUGACGGGGAUUUUGACCAGCAGAGCCUCAUGUUAAUUAUCCAGGCGGCCGUGGUCUUUCGCGCAGAUCACUAUCUGCAAGGUUGCUGGAAGGUGCAGGAAGGGACACUAUGGACGGCCAAGAUCAAGUGUGAGUUGGAGAACCAUUACGUCCUGGCCGGUGGUUUCUUUUCCGGCUUUGAGGCAAGAGAGGAAGAGCAGAUCAGUAUCUCAGAUAACCGGGAGAUUAAGAUUUAUGGUUAUCAAAACUUCUUUAAGUUCUUUAUGUUUAUACCUAUCAUGGCCGCCGCUUUCCUAGCGGUUUUUUAUGGAAACCAAUAAUUUGAAAUGUAUGGUGUAUUCAAUUGCUAUUACUUCUGUUUUUUGGCUAAAAAAUAUAUACACUAACUUAUGUUUAUACCAAUAAAAGCGAAGUGCCAUUGA